AUGAAUGAGACGGAGGAGAUGGCCUCGAUGAUAUCAACUGAGAUGGAACCAAACCGUCAACGAAAGUGCACUUGCUGCAAGCCCUCCUUCGGCCGGAGGAUUUCCAUGAUUAUGUAUUUAUUGCUUUUGCUGGCUGAAUUAGUGGUUACUUUCACUUUCAUUUAUUAUUUUGGAAAAUCAAUAUCGUCCGUUUUCACUUCGGAGAGUCACUUAAAAACCACGAAUCUAUCAUCUAGCACCAAAAAUGCCUCUCACGUAUUUCCAAUGCAGCUUGUGCGCUACUUCGGCAGGACAGAAUCUUACUCCAGACUGAUUAUGGCCUUAAAUUGUUUGGACACAGUGAACUGUUGGAUCUUUCUUGGAGCAGUUUUCAUAUCUCCGCAUUUCACCGGCUUCUGCCCUCUGAUGAAAAAUCUUAUUCGUUUGCCGAAAUUUUGGACCUUACUAUUUGUAUUUGUGCUCUUUGUCAUAGGGGAUGUUAUUGAGAGCACAAGUUCCUCAAUCGUCGCAUCCGUAUACAAAUUUAGAGCUAUGGUAGCAGUUUGCGUUACGUUCUCCCUGAAUGCGUUCUUUGUAACAAUGAUUCUUGGAGUUCUGAAUGAAAUGAAAAUUUGCCAUAUGGCACCGGGGCAAGUGCACUUAAUAUUUAAGGGGGCACUUAUUAUCUUCUGCUUUCGAUUGCUUGUAUACUUGAUUUAUACAAUACUUUAUUUAGCUGUAAUCUUAUAUUUAAUCGCUGGAGUGAAGGAUAGCUAUUGGCGGAAGGGAGGUACGUUUACAACCUGUGUAAGUAGUUUUCUUUUCUUGCCUUUUUACAAAAAAGGAACUGAACUUGUAUGGACAAAAAUAUUUCAUGAUGACAAGUACAUUAUAGGGAAGAUUACAGGCCCUGAAAGACAAGACAGUGAUGUAAAUAGUACCAUCCAGGCUGUUUAA